AUGCUGACUAGUCUUCUCGUGCCUCUACUGUCCCUGUCGUCCUUAACCUACGCGCAGAUCGUUCAGGAAGAGUAUGUCUCCCUUCCCGGCGUGAGCGGCGUCGUCGCGCACCUUAAGUUGGGGAGCUACAAUGGCGACGACAGCCUUUACCUCACGACGCCCGUUGGUCUCAUUACCAGCCCUGGCCCGAUGAUUUACGACCGUAACGGCUCGCUCGUGUGGAUCGGAAGGGCCGACUUCGGGAUGUCGUUUGAUCUCAAGCUUCAGACCUACAAAGGCCAGCCUGUACUGACGGUAUUCAACGGAACGAUUACGGAUGGGCAUGGACAGGGAACCUGCUGGGUCAUGGACGAGACCUAUACCGUUAUCGCAGAGGUGAACUCGGUCGGUGGCGGCGGCACGGACUUGCAUGAGUGCGCCAUUCCCAAGGAUACGAACUCGACGGCCAUGAUCACCGUGUACAACAGCAUCGAGGGCUUCGACCUAUCUUCCUUCGGUCUAGGGACUGACGGAACACUCCUUGAUUGUUGGAUUCAAGAGAUCGACAUCGCUACUGGAGAGCUGCUCUUCAACUGGAGCACCUAUGACCAUAUCUCUCCGUUCGAAUCCUAUGCCCUCCCAUCUGAAGGGGUCAGCAGUCUCAACACUUGGGAUGCUUACCAUGUCAACUCCAUCGACAAGGAUGCCAGCGGCAACUACCUGAUCUCAUCUAGGCAUCUGCACCAGCUCAUUCUCAUAGACAAGGAUGACGGCUCGAUCAUAUGGCGUAUGGGCGGCAAGGAUGGCAACUUCACCAUCGGCGACGGCGCACAGUUCGAAUGGCAGCACCACGCCAUCUUCAACCCCGACGACAACUCAUUCAUCUCGCUCUUCGACGAGGGCGCUACGAACUGGGAGAUCGACGAGCCCGACGCACACGGCCUGUACAUCUCGUAUGAUACCUCGGACUGGACCGUCACUGCCAAGCAAAGCUUCUAUCCGUCGCCUUACAGCGGCCCCAGCACGAGUCAGGGUUCUAUGCAGAGGUUCGCAGAUGGCACGGCCGUCGUCGGCUACGGCUCGAACCCGUGGAUCACCGAACAUGCUAGCGAUGGCAAAGUGACGUUCUCUCUUUCUCUGGCCAUCGGUAUCGUGGAGAAUAGCCUCUGGGAGAACUACCGUGCCUUCAAAGUCAACUUCACCGGCAAUCCGACUUACCCGCCCGCACUAGCUCUUCUUCUCGACACGGCGUACUUCUCCUGGAAUGGUAAGACGGCUGUACGCUCUUGGGAUGUGAUGAGCGGUGCGACUGCCGACAAUCUUACUGUAUGGCAGUCGGUGGGUAGGUCGGGCUUUGAGACUCAUCUCUCACUGUUUGGAAACGAAGACGCUCUAGUCGCCGUCGUUGCGUUGGACAAGAAUGGGCAGCAGCUGGGACAGAGCGAUGUGCUGUUCGUUGCGAAUGGGUCUGUGGCGCAGGGUGGUCAAGUGUAUAACUGA